GAUCCGAGAAACUAAACAUAUGCAUACGAUCUGAGCCAGGCACGCAAUUCUAACGUGUAGUAAGCCCGAGCGGCCAAAGCGCGCUAAUCACGCUGUAUACUGUAUUGUCGAUGUUUUCCUGGAAAAUCAUCUGACCGCAGGCUCAUAAUUUUUGUACAGAGAAGCAAUAAGAUUCUGUAUAUACGAUACACACGCAUAUAUGAAAAUGGCCACCAAUGAAUCCUGUGAUCAACCUUUGAGGGAUGAUUCCAAGAAACAAAUACAUUCAAAGUUUAUUCAGCAGGAGCUUUCUGCUUGGAAGCCAAUAUUAACUCCAGGAUGGCUCUUAUAUUAUUUCAGGUGAUUGCAAUAUUCAUCAUUCUAGGAGUCGUCUUCAUACUUAUUGGCCUCCUCGCCUUCUACGCAUCAGUUCAUGUGGAGGAACUUGUGGAACGAUACGAUGUGGAUUGCGUGCCUUUCACAGAUAAAAAUAAAAUAACUAAAUAUAUUAGAGAUUCUAGUUCUAACAAAACCUGUACCAAGACAUUAAGAGUUCAAAAGAAAAUGAAGAAUCCCAUCUAUGUAUAUUACCAGCUUCAUCACUUCUAUCAGAACCAUCGUAGAUACGUUAGGAGUAGGAGUGACAAACAAUUGCGAAGCACGAAACAUGAAUAUGAAACAAAAGAGUGUUUGCCUAUAGCUACAGUAAAUAAUAACUCAAAGCCUAUAGUUCCUUGUGGGCUCAUUGCCUGGAGCUUGUUUAAUGACACCUAUCAGUUCUCAGUAAAUAGCAAGGUUGUAGAAGUUGAUAGAAAGGACAUUGCAUGGAAAAGCGAUAGAGACUAUAAAUUCGGGUCUAAAGUUUAUCCUAAAAACUUCCAGAGCUCUGGGAUGAUUGGGGGCGGAAAGCUCAACGAGAGCAUACCACUGAGCAAACAAGAAGAUCUUAUUGUCUGGAUGCGAACUGCAGCAUUUUCAACUUUCAGAAAGCUUUAUGGACAGAUAAAAGUUGAUCUUGAUGCUAAUAGUAACAUAACAGUUGUUAUACAAAAUAACUUUAACAUCUAUGAAUUUGGGGGGAAGAAGCAGCUGGUUCUUUCUACGUCAAAUUGGAGUGUUGGAACAAACAAAUUCCUUGGUUGUGCAUAUCUUUAUGUUGGAGGAUUUUCCUUAGUUGUUGCAAUAAGCUUCACAAUCACUUAUGUUUUGAAGCCAAGGCCUCUUGGAGAUCCAGCUUACUUGUCGUGGAACAAAUAUCCUAGUAUUUAUGAAAACUAGCAUCUUCAAUCAUAUGUUUAUGAAUUAUGAUGAACUCCAUCUUGUCAAGACGCAGAUGAUAGGCAUUUGCCAACCCAUAAGAGGUUUGGCAAUGUUACAUUGUUGAGUUAUUAUUAUUACAAUCUAUGUUAUAUUGUGUCUUACAUUAGCAAUGUGGCAAAUAUGCCUAAUGUACUUGUCUGUGUACCUGCAAAGUAAAGCAACAACUGGAGCAAUAUGACGGAGUCCUCAAAGUCACUCAGUUUUUCAUGCGUUUAAAUGAAAAUUUCACUUAAAUAAGAGGCCAAAUUCUUAUUGUGGCUCCUCUUCUUCAGUUAAAUCAUGUUUUAGCACUCUUGUGACAAGAUGAAAGGCAGAGAAAUAUCUGUAAUUCUACCCAACCAAAUACUGAAGUUGCUGCUUAUCUGUUAAAUCGGGCAUUGAAAAUAAGUCUUUUAAAUCUGACAACAAGAAGGCUGAUCAGAAGAAACAAGGACAUCCGUUUUGUACUCACUGCAAAGGAGUAAAUCACACCAGGGAGAGAUGCUUUCGUAUCAUUGGUUUUCAGCCAAAGACUAAAGGAUCACAGUCAAACAGGUUUACUAAUCGUGUCUCUGCCAGUGAGAACAAAUUUAUUGCACCACUUGGUACCUAGUGCUUCCUCCACUGAGCAUGCUUCUUCUUUUGAGAAUUGCAAGUCUCAAAUUCAGGUAAUUCUGGUUCUACUCAGGCUCAGUACAAUCAGCUACCCACUUUGCUAAAUCAAGCACAAGUCAAGUCCACUCCUGCCUCCUCAUCCACAACUCUACAGACACCUCUGUCUGUGCUAUUAACUGUCAUUCUCCACAAGAUUGGGUAAUUGAUUCAGGAGCUACAGAUCAUAUCACUUAUAAUAAUUUUAUAUGUCUUUAACACUAUUCAAUGUCAAAUUGACUUGUGCUUGUCUAACAGUCAUCAUACAACAGUUUUUUUUAAAGGAUCCGUUCAAUUGACAUUAGAACUGUUGCUUCA